AUGAAGAUGAAGGUCCCAAAUUUUAUUGGGGGUAAAUUUGUUGAUUCUCAAGGUUCUGUAAUCGUUGAUGUUUUAAAUCCUGCAACACAAGAAGUUGUAUCUCAAGUUCCUUUACCUACAUAUGAAGAGUUUAAAGCUGCGGUUAGUGCAGCCAAGCAAGCUUUUCCUUCAUGGAAAAACACACCUAUCACGACUCGUCAACGUAUUAUGUUUAAAUUUCUGGAGCAUAUCCGCAGAGAUAUUGAUAAGCUUGCCAUGAAUAUCACCGUAGAACAGGGAAAGACAUUAAAAGGUGCCCAAGGAGACGUGCUUCGUGGUUUAGACGUGGUGGAGCAUACUUGUGGGAUGGCAAACCUGCAGAUUGGAGAAUUUGUCCCUAAUGUCUGUAAUGGGAUUGAUACAUACUGCAUCAGAGAGCCCCUUGGAGUUUGUGCUGGAAUAUGCCCCUUUAACUCUUCAGCAAUGAUACCAUUGUGGACGUUCCCUAUUGCAAUUACAUGUGGCAACACUUUUGUUCUCAAGCCAUGUGAGAAAAAUCCAGGGGCUUCAAUGAUACUUGCAACACUAGCUAAGGAAGCUGGUUUGCCGGAUGGUGUAUUAAAUAUUAUUCACGGUACCCAUGAUAUUGUUAAUUACAUAUGUGAUGAUGAAGAUAUAAAAGCUGUAUCAUUUGAUGGUCCAAUUACAGUAAGUUUGCACAUAUAUGCCACGGCUGCUGCUAGAGGGAAACGUCUUCAGUCAAAUGCAGGCGGCAUAAAUCAUGUAGUUGUCAUGUCUGAUGCUAAUUUGGAUGCUACUCUAGAUGCCCUUGUUCCUGCUGGCUUUGGUGCUGCAGGAGAGAGGUGCAUGACUUUAAGUGCAGCAAUUUUUGUUGGAGGUUCAAUGCAAUGGGAAGAAAAACUAGUGCAGCGUGCCAAAUUGCUUAGAGUGAAUGCAGGAACAGAUCCUAGUGCAGACAUUGGUCCAGUUAUUAGCAAAGAGGCAAAGGAGAGGAUAUGUAGACUAGUUCAGACCAGUGUUGAAAAUGGUGCUAGACUUCUACUUGAUGGAAGAGACAUUGUGGUACAAGGAUAUGAGAGGGGAAACUUUGUUGGUCCUACUAUCUUAUGUGAUAUUACAACCAGCAUGGAGUGUUACAAGGAAGAAAUAUUUGGACCAGUUCUACUUUGCAUGCAGGUUGAGAACCUAGAUGAGGCUUUAUCAAUAAUAAAUAAAAGGAGAAAUGGAAAUGGAGCUUCUAUAUUCACCACAUCUGGUAUGGCUGCUAGGAGGUUCCAGAAUGAGGUUGAGGCUGGACUGGUUGGGAUCAAUGUGCCAGUACCUUUGCCAUUACCAUUUUCCUCCAAUGGGUCAAAAGCAUUUGCUGGAGGUUUCAGUUUUUGUGGAAAAGCAGGAGUACAGUUUUAUACCCAAAUCAAAACAGUGGCACAACAAUGGAAGGAUAUCCCUAGACGAGUAGUAUUCCCUGUUGCAUGCCCAUCUGAGAGAGAUUCACCGAGGCAAAUGACACCGCGAGCCGUAUCUAUAGAUUCUGAAAGUGAUUCCCCAUCCUAUGAGGUACAAAUGGCCAUCCACGGCGCAGAUAUACCAAAGACAGCCUUGACAUCUGCAUCUCCAUCAAAUGAUAAGGAUUAUAGAAGCCAGGAUGUUUCCCUAGUUAUUCCUUCAACAUCUGAGAGGGAUAUGUCGGAUCAGGACAUGUCACUGGUACCAUCACCUGCAUUGCAAAGGGAUUUACCUAGCCAAAGAGUAUCCAUAGCCACAUCACAGGCAUCAGAGAGGAUGUAUUUUUCUAAAACAUCUCAUUGGAAUGAAAGUUCUCCAGGAACAUCGCAUAGGAGUGAGACUAUUCUGCCAAUUUCCGAGAAGAGUCAUGCGUCUCUAUCUCAGAUAAAUGGAAAUAUUUAUACCCUGCAGAGGCCAGAUGCUGCUGCAGCUUUGAAGCAAGAGGGGGGGAAAUACAUGUGUAUGUCACGUAAAACUGAUAACAUAGCUCAAACAUCACUAGGGAGUGAUGUCAGUCCAGCGUCUCAUAGGAUGGAUGCUACUGUGCAUUCAAAUUCUGACAAGGCAUACAUAAUGGAAGCAUCCCAUUUGAAUAAAAGUAAUGGUCAAACAUUUGAAAGAACAGACCCCAUGUUUUCAAAUUCUGAGAGAUUACACAGGCCUUCAACAUCUCAAAGAAAUGACAAGAUUGGUUCAACAUCUGAAAGGACAGAUAUAGCCUUAACAACAGAGAGAAUAUAUAUCCCUGCAGCAUCUCAUAGAAAUGAAAGCAUUAGUCCUACAUUUCAGCUUGAUGAUGUACAGAAUAUACCGGCAAGUUCAGAGAUGUUAUAUAUUCCUUCAAAUUCUCAAAGAAUGUAUAAUCAAAACCCAAUAAUUUCAAUGGAUGAAUAUCCCAGCCAAGCUUUACCGUCAUCUCAGAGGAUAUAAGAUAUAGAACCAUGUUAUGUUACUCCUUUUCUUCUAAAUUAUAAUCUUGUAGACAACAAUCAUUUCAUUAAAAAUCUACUUUUUACUUUUCAGCUCUCAUCUUGUUGAUCACCAAAGCUGGUGGAUGAUUCUAGGUGUAAAAAUGCAAACUAGGAAACAUGAAAGUGUCAAAUGGAGAAACAUUAGAGAGAUAGCUUUAAGUUAUAAUAAAACAAUAUUUGUUCUAAUUCAGUAAGGCGUGGAUUGUACAGUAAAGUAUUCAUGUGUCUCUGCUUCUUUGAAUCUAAUGCAAAA